GCGCCGCGGAGGCCUGUGGGUAAGCGCCGCCGCCAGGUGACAGUUCCUGCCGCCGCCUGGGCCGGGCCGGGCUGGCUGAGUGAGGCCCGGCGGGAAACCGGCCAAUCCCGGCCGGAAAGAUGGAGCGGGCGCUGGGGCCGGCUCUGGAGGGCGGCGGGGUAGCCCGCAGAUCCGUGCGGCCGGCAGGGCUGGGGGGCGCUGCCCCCGCUGCGGGCUCCCGGCAGCCCAGCGCGGAGACCUUGGACAGCCCUACAGGAUCCCAUGUUGAAUGGUGUAAACAGCUCAUAGCUGCUACCAUUUCUAGUCAGAUUUCAGGUUCUGUGCCAUCAGACAUUGUAUCAAGAGAUUACAGGGUAUACAAGAGGCCUGAUAUACGGGAGAUUCAGGAUGGACACAAUGGCUAUCAUUCUGAAGCAGAAGCUGAUCAGGUGGCACUGAGGGAUGGGAACAAGCUGGCACAGAUGGAAGAGGCGCCAAUUUUUCCUGGAGAAUCAAUCAAAGCGAUUGCUAAAGAUGUUAUGUAUAUCUGUCCAUUUAUGGGAGCAGUCAGCGGUACACUGACAGUGACAGACUUCAAAAUGUAUUUCAAAAAUGUUGAGAGGGAUCCACAUUUUGUUCUUGAUGUUCCCCUUGGAGUAAUAAGUAGAGUUGAAAAGAUUGGAGUGCAGAGCCAUGGAGACAACUCCUGUGGUAUAGAAAUUGUUUGCAAGGAUAUGAGAAACUUGCGGCUUGCCUAUAAACAGGAAGAACAGAGCAGACUGGAAAUAUUUGAAAACCUCGUAACGCAAGCAUUUCCUCUUUCUAAUGGGCUGCCACUUUUUGCAUUCAGCUAUAAAGAAAAAUUUCCUGUUAAUGGCUGGAAAGUUUAUGAUCCAAUGGCAGAAUAUAAGCGGCAGGGUUUGCCCAAUGAGAGUUGGAAAAUAUCCAAAAUUAACAGCACCUAUGAACUUUGUGAUACAUAUCCUACUAUCUUCGUUGUGCCAACCAGCGUGAAGGAUGAUGACCUCUCAAAAGUGGCAGCAUUUAGAGCAAAAGGCAGAAUUCCAGUGUUAUCUUGGAUUCACCCCGAGAGCCAGGCAACUAUAACGCGCUGCAGCCAGCCACUGAUAGGCCCGAAUGACAAACGUUGCAAAGAAGAUGAAAAAUACUUACAAACAAUAAUGGAUGCCAAUGCUCAGUCGCACAAACUUAUCAUCUUUGAUGCCAGACAAAACAGUGUGGCUGAUACAAACAAGGCAAAAGGUGGAGGAUAUGAAAGUGAAAGUGCCUACCCAAAUGCUGAGCUGGUCUUUCUGGAAAUACAUAACAUACAUGUGAUGAGAGAAUCAUUGCGGAAGCUGAAAGAGAUAGUUUAUCCUGCGAUUGAUGAGGCCCGGUGGUUGUCCAAUGUAGAUUCAACACACUGGUUGGAAUACAUAAGGAUGCUUCUUGCUGGAGCAGUAAGAAUUGCUGAUAAAAUUGAAUCUGGUAAAACAUCAGUUGUUGUACACUGCAGUGAUGGCUGGGAUCGUACAGCCCAGCUCACCUCUUUAGCCAUGCUCAUGUUGGACAGCUAUUACAGGACUAUCAAAGGAUUUGAAGCUCUUAUAGAAAAAGAAUGGAUAAGUUUUGGACAUAGGUUUGCAAUGCGAGUAGGCCAUGGAGAUGAUGACCAUGCUGAUGCAGACAGGUCUCCCAUUUUCCUUCAGUUCCUUGAUUGUGUUUGGCAAAUGACGAAGCAGUUUCCUGCAGCCUUUGAAUUCAAUGAACUAUUUCUGAUCACCAUUUUGGAUCACCUUUAUAGUUGUCUCUUUGGGACUUUUUUAUACAACUGUGAACAAGAGCGAUUAAAAGAGGAGAUAAAUACAAAGACUAUAUCUUUAUGGUCCUACAUUAACAGUCAACUAGAUGAAUUUACUAAUCCUUUCUAUGUAAACUAUGAAAACCACGUCCUGUAUCCUGUUGCCAGUCUGAACCAUUUGGAACUGUGGGUAAAUUACUACAUCAGAUGGAAUCCAAGAAUGAGGCCACAGAUGCCAAUUCAUCAGAAUCUUAAGGAGUUACUUGCCAUCAGAGCUGAGCUUCAGAAGAAGGUGGAAGACUUGCAGCGAGAAGCUGCUACACGAUCCAUUUCUUCAUCCUCAGAUAGAGGGUCAUCUCCUUCUCACUCAGCCACCCCAGUGCGCACUUCUGUCUGAUGUGCAACAAAAGCCAUGUAAAACCAUUCAUGGCAGGUGAUCUGCAUAUAUAUGCUUAGAGGCGGGUGGAAUAUUUUCCCUGUCUCCCAAGGAUUGUGAGUGACUUAUAAUUGCUAUCAAUCUACAUGCCUUAUUCUUUGUGUCUGUUCCUGUUAUGAUGAGGCCAAAAAGAGCUUCAAUAGUUGUGAUGGUAUUUUCUGAAGUUGGCAGUUCCUGUAUGUGUUUUGACAUCUCUCGCUAAAUCAUCAAUUGUAAAAUUAACUUUAUUUUGAGCAACCAACAAUUUAUCCAUCUUAAAAAGGAAUCCAUCUGUCAGACAGAUAAUGUGAGAGGCUUUUUGCUGCCUUGGGUACAGAGGCUGGUUGAGAAACCCAAAUGAAAUGCCGUGUAAUGUUUGUGUUUAAUCAGAACAUUGAGAGAAAUUUUCUGAAUGGGAGCUCUUUAUUUAAUGCAGUACAUUAUUUUUAUCUAGAGCAACUGCUAUUAUUCUUGGGGACGUAUUUAAGUAAUGCACUUUGAAACAGAUUUUAAAUUAAGUAUUUUCCAGUGCAGCCAAUUUUACAUUUUGAGUAAAUAUGCCAUUAAGAAUGGAUGGUAAUGAAGGUAAACAGGAUUUGCCAAUUAAUACACACCUACUGGUACUUGUAUGAUGUAAUAUAUUUGGUGAAGCAUGGAUUUUAAUUUUUUUAAUGCCUUUUUUUACAAGUUUAAAUAAAUCUUUUGACCGUUUAUUGUCCCGUUUUACCCUCACGAAUAAGGGGUAAGCUUAAUCAGGUCUGUCUUGUACUCAGUAACUUGUUUUCUAGCAAUUUGGAUUAGAAGAACAUUGAACUGUGUAAAUUGUAUAGUCUGUAUUAGUUCCACGUAUUUUAAGUGUGUCCUGUUAAACUUAUACACACAUUUAUGUACAUGCAUAUGUGGUGUUAAACAUGCACACACUUCAUUUGCAUGUUAUGGGUUCAGAAAAUUGAUCCUGCCUCUCCAAAUGUUUUGGAAGAUAUAAACUGUUACAACUUUGAUGUUUUUAAAUAAUAGGCGCUUAAUUGGUUUCCUUGAAAUAAUAAAGACGGUUGGUUUUUUUUUUAAAUGCUGCCAAUGUUUUCUCUCUGUUUUCAAUCAUUUAUCCAUAUUUUUAUAUAAAAUCUUUAUUUCUCAUUUUAUUCCAAUCCCCUCCCAAACCAUUUUUAUUUCAGAACUGUUGGAUCAAUGCCAUUAGUGACAUGCAGCCUUUUUCAAAAAUAAUUCUGCAGUUGCUUUCUUAGCAAGCGUGGAAGUAAAACGUGCUUGAAAUUUCCCUUUUCUCCUUCCUACUUGACCAACAUUUCACAAGAAUCCUAACCUCCUCCUUUGAGUAUUCAAGAUAAUGUAACUCCACUUGCUGGCCUUGAGUUGUAUGAUUCAAGUACUGCCAGGAGGAAUUAACCCUGCUUCUUGAGAAUCAAUUGGUUCUAUGCACUAGUUGUAGUUCUUACUGUACAUGGAUAACCAUUGUCCAGCUAUGCUGGAAGGAGGACACGAGACCCUGGAUUUGACUUAGGCUGCAACUUUAUUCCUAAAUGUCCGGGAGUACCCAGCUGAUAAUGCUGUACUUGUUUACAUACAGCCGGGAGGUGGAGGGAGGGCUCCCGCAUUAUCCAUCCAGGUCCCUAGCCAACCUGCUAUCUGCUCAAUUUAAGGCACCUCCCCCUAUACCCUGGGACACCAGCACCGCAGGGUAGAGGGUUAGGUUUUUGGGGUGGGGCUAUAAAAAAGCAGGGGGUUAACUCUCUGCUAUUCUAAUAAUCGGAGCCCUAACCUCCCUACCCUCACCAUUUCCACUCUAAAUCCUUUACCAGUCCAUUUUAUCUGAUGGUGGUAUCCCUUCCCUACGGAGUAUCUGCACUGACCAUCCGCCACAAGGAGGCCCCAGCAAUUAGCUUGGCUGUGCAGUGAGGUCAUUGUACUAAAUAUGCCAUUGUGCCACACUCCUUUUUCCCCAGUUCUGUGCACUUAUGUACAUAAAGCUGUGGUGUAUAACACAAACUGGUGAGUACUUCUUUUGCAAGUGUGAAUUGUGUUGAUAGUUCUGUAUCCAGUCUUCUAAGUUUAUUAUGCACAGUGCAUGAUAUUGCAAUGUGUCCUGUUUAUUUGUGAUGGUAAAAUGUAUUUUUACAAUAGUUUAUACACCUGAAGCAGGAUAGUUUAAGAAGGACCAAGAUGCCACAUCUGUUAAUCUAAAUCAGGCCUUUCAUAAGAGAUAAUUAAGAUGGAAGAUGGUUUUUAUAUAAAAACAAUACUAUAAAACAAUAUACCAUCAGUGAAUUUUAUACUGGCAAAAUAUGUUGAGUUGUGAAUUAAACUCCUUAGUACUUCAAAUUUAGCAUGGCAUUUUAACUGUCUACUGAAAUAGAGCAGGCUGUUUCUAAAAUGAAACCUAAAGAAAGUAAUUUGAAAUUUUCUCUUUAUUGGAGCUAGUGAUCAUGGAAGAUUGUGCUCCAUAAUAAUUGUAAAAGGGAUAGUUGGAAUAACUGUAGCACUUUCAGAUAUUAAACGUUAUAUGCUCACA